UCUCCAACCAUGGCUGAAGCAUUCCACGUUUCCAGAUGUGACUUGCAGUGUAGGCUCAACAAUGCGGAGCAUCACACCGAUCUUAACGGGGUGGAUCGCUUGAUCGUUCGGAGGGGACAGCCAUUCACCCUCGACCUGCACCUUCGAUCUGGAACAUUCCAGCCUGGAGUGAACAGCUUCCGCCUCAUCGCUGAGACAGGGCUGUGUUCUUCAGAGAAAUGGGGCACCAGGGCUACUUUUACUCCGAGCAACAUUGACAAAAAAACCUGGGGUGCAUCUGUGUCCCGUUCCUCUGGAAACGUCCUCUCCCUGUCCAUCUGCUCGGCCCCCGAUGCUCCCAUUGGCCAAUACUCUCUGACUUUGGACCAGGGCACCAAGAUCAGCCUGGGAGAGUUUGUGCUGCUCUUCAACCCCUGGUGUCGAAGAGAUACUGUAUUUAUGGAUGAUGAAGAGAAACGGAAGGAGUACAUUCUGUCCCAGGAUGGUCUUAUUUACACAGGAACUCCUAAAUACAUUUGUGAUACCCCAUGGAACUUUGGCCAGUUUAUGCCGGGGAUCCUGGACACCUGCCUGAGAAUCCUGGAUGAGAACCCCAAACAUCUGAAGGACCCAUCGAAGGACUGCUCAGGCAGAAAGAACCCUGUGUAUGUGACCAGACUCCUCAGUGCAAUGAUCAAUUGCAAUGAUGACAGAGGGAUACUCAAGGGAAAUUGGUCAGGUAACUAUGAUGAUGGCACAUCCCCCUCACAGUGGAGUAGCAGUGUGGAGAUUCUGCGUGAGUGGCAGGCCAGUUCCUGCCGGCCGGUUUGCUAUGGACAGUGCUGGGUCUUUGCUGCAGUGGCUUGCACAGUGUCCCGAGCACUAGGCAUCCCCUGUCGAGUGGUCACUAACUUUGAGUCAGCUCAUGACACCAACAGCAACCUGGUGAUUGAGUUAAUCUACGAUGAAAACAGAAACAAGAUAUCUGAGGACUCAGUAUGGAACUUUCACGUAUGGGUGGAGAGCUGGAUGGCACGUCCAGAUCUCAAACCUGAGUUUAACGGCUGGCAAGCCAGUGACCCAACACCCCAGGAGAAGAGUGAUGGAGUGUACUGCUGUGGUCCUGUACCCGUGAACGCCGUCAAAGAGGGUGAGCUCACUGUUAAGUACGACGCUCCCUUUGUGUAUGCGGAGGUCAACGCCGACGUGCUGGAGUACAUGACGCUCAGGGACGGACGAAAAAUCAGAAUGGGAGGAUCAGCUACUUAUGUGGGUCAGUGUAUCAGCACUAAGAGUGUGGGCAAAGAUGCGAGGGAGGACAUCACACACCUCUACAAGUACCCUGAAGGUUCAGUGAAGGAGCGAGAGGUUUUCCAGAAAGCCAAUCACCGCAGCAAGCUGCAGGGGUGGGGGGUGGAGUCAGAGCCAAGCCUACAAAUCAAGAUCAAGGUGUCCAAGGACAUGAUGAGGGGCUGUGACUUCAGCGUGUUCACUGUGGUCACCAACAACAGCCCCAUCUCCAAGACGUGCCACCUCAAGUUUUACGCUCAGGCGAUCUCCUACCACGGCAAAUUAGGGGGCCGGUGUGGACUGUCCAACAUGCUUUAUCUACAGCUCUUUCCCGGUGAAGUGAAGUCGUGUCCCCUCAAGCUGUGCUACACUGACUAUGAAGGGGCCAUUACCCAGGAUUCCAUGAUCCACCUGCAAGCUUUCCUGCAAGACACCACCACAGACGAGCUUUUCAAAGCAGCGAGGACAGUCGUCCUGGAGAAAAGAAAAAUCAACCUUAGUCGUUAA